GACCGUCGCUAACAGGAAGAAGAGGAAACUACUUCCGGGUUUGGAGAGUAAACGCGGAUCCACGUGAGUUAUUAAGUAUCAAAACGGACGUGAUCUUCGUUUCCGAAAAGUGUGGACCUAAAUCCAAAGAGAUCGCCGUUGACAAGGCGAAGCGACUGGCCCUGCAAAGAGACAUUGAUCAACAGUCCCAGCCCAGGCAGCUAGCCAAACCCUUGACCAGCCAGGGGUCUGUUCCUGUGGAGAGACCAGUGGGAAGGAUGAAGAUGGAGGAGGAGAAGAGUGAGCAGAUUUUUAUUAAGAAGAAGAAGAAGAAACCCACAAAAGGACAAGUCUCUCUGCCUGAAAUGAAACAUGUUACUGUUGAUGAUGGGAGCAUAGCAGAGGUGAAAAAGGAAAAGAAGAAGGGUAAAAAAGAUGAUGUAAUUGAUAUAGAUGGGGAGUCCUUGGAUGGAAGUGGUGAACCGAACGAGAAGAAGAAAAAGAAGAAGAGGAAAAUUGAUACUGAAUCUCUGAAUGGUUCUUGUGUCAAGAAAGGAAAUGACAAAGAAGUCAGCAAGAAGAAGAAGAAGCAGCUGGAAACUGCACAGCUCAGUUCAGUAAAAGAAGUGGAAGAGAAACAGAAGAAGGUGAAGAAUGUAAAAAAUAAGUCUGUUCAAAUUAAACCACAAAAUGUAAACCAGGAGGAAGAACAACAAGCUGAGAAGGAUGAAUUGCCAAAGAAAGCCAAGAAGAGAAAACACAUUUUAGUUGUAACUACAGAGAAAAAUGAGGAGCAAGUUAAAGAAAAGAAGAAGAAGAAGAAAAAGAAAACCACCGAUGAGGAAACCACUGAAGGACGUAUUACAAAAAAGAAGAAAUCAGCUAAAAUGAAAGUGACUGAGAAUGGAGUGAAGUUAGGAACACCAGAGGGAGAGACUUGUGGGGUUGAAGAGGUAAAAGUGAAAAAGAAGAAUAAAAAGGGAGCCAAUGCUAAAGAAGAUGAAAAUAAAUUAGCAACGCCUCUGAUUAAAGGUAACAGCAAAAAGAGCAAAGCGGCGUCAGGCCAAAAGGUAGAGAAAGAUGAUAUGCCAAACAAGAAGAAUAAAAAGUCCACAAAGAGGGAGAUUAUUAUCAUAGAUAAAGAGGAGCCGGAGCUUAAGACAAACGGAAAGAAAGGAAAGGGUAAAGCUUCUGAGGAGGUCAGCGAAGUAGAGGAGAAAGAGCCAAAGAAAAAGAAAAAGGGAAACUCAAAGGGAGGAGAGGAAGAACCAUCAAAACUCAAGUGUGAGGAAGUUGAGGAGCAGAUUAGUGAAACAGUAGCCGGGGACACGACGAGCAAGAAGAGCAAAAAGAAGAAGAACUCCACUAAAAUGGAAAUAAAAGUGGAGACUGUGAGCUUUGGAACUGGUGCAAAGAAGAGGAAGAUUAAAGAAGAGGUGGAAGACCAACAUGAGUCACCCCACAAGGACGUGGUCUUCCUGUCAGAGAAAACUGGAAACACAGAUGAGGUCACCAUCAACCAGGAAAGAAGACAGGCUUUACAAGUGGAGAUCGACAAAGCCUCUCAACCUCACAAACCAAACAGACCCACGGGUCUUGGCCAGUGGGGCACCGCCCAGUUCGACAGCUCUGACCAGCAGCAGAAGUUCCUCCGGUUGAUGGGCGGCUUCAAAAAGGGUUCCCAGCCGGCUGCCGGGAGCAGCGGAGGAGCAAAUACGGCACUGGGGAAGGACGCACAGCAGCAGUUGCAGCAAGGGCUUCUGGGAGAGUUUGAACGCGCUCAAUCGCGCAGAAUGGACUUCAGUAACAGGGGAUCAGGACUUGGGUUCAGUGCACCGGCCAAUAAGAAGUUCUCCAUCGACAUAAAUGCAAGUCGAUCAGUUCGCUUUGAUGAUUGAUCUAAGUGUGUGUGUGUGUGUGUGUGUGUGUGUGUGUGUGUGUGUGUGUGUGUGUGUGUGUGUGUGUG